AUGUUUGCUAAUUUCGAGUUGUCCUCCGGUGGUCUGGUUGCGGCGGAUGUCAAGCCCAAGCGGACGCGUACGGAUUUGGGAUGUCUACCCUGUCGCCGCAAGAAGAAGAAAUGCGAUCUUUCAAGGCCCAUCUGUUUGCGAUGCCGGAAAAGCCUUGGGGUUGUCGCUUGCGAAUGGCCUGCACAUGCAGCGCCUGGGAGCUCUGAAGUUGCCAGACCUCACCAACGCGCGGACUUGAAUGAAGGGCAUGACUCCUCCAUUCGUCCGUCCAACAUGUCCGGAUCUCCAUCCGAGACCAUCAUGGUAGUUCGUGAGAAGCCAGGAAAGAGUACCCACCGCGCUGUCACCUCAAGACCGUCCGGCCAAGUAUGGCAACCACCACCCUCACCGCAGAACAGUAUAGAAAACUGUAUCACUGUCAGCCUUCCUGCCGGAGUCAACAAAGUAUCCCCAAAACUGACAUCAAGUCAAUUGAUUCAAAUCACAACAGCCUUCGAUACGGCUAUCAUAUCACCGGAUAACGGAAGUCUGGAUCAACCUGCAUCGCAACUCUGUCUUCCACUAUGUCUGCAGAACUCGUCUCUUAUGCAUGCUUGGUUAUCAUGCGGUACUGCUUUUGUGACAAGGGCCCAACCAGGAGGUAUACAGAAGGCUCUUGUGCAUUAUCAGCAAGCAGUCAAAGGUCUUGCUACUGCCUUGAGUGUGACCGGUCUUACUUCUCCCGAAUGGAAAGUGGCUACAGUACUUCUAUUGCACACUUUCGAGUCUAUGAGUCCAAGGACUGAUGAACCGGCCAGUAUGCGAGUGGCACAUCUCAACGGCGCCCAUAAUCUGGUUCGUGCGAGCAUGAUGGAUAGGCCACCAUCAUCAAUGCACGAACUUUUGCUUCUCGAAGCUUAUUCAUUCCGUGCGGUGCACAACAGACUAUUCCAGCCUUUCCCGACGCUACCAUACGAUCAUCUUGAGAGACUUUUCGCAGCCAUGUGUCUCCCAGGAAGUCCGCGACAGGAUAUGAUUAUAUCAUGGCGAAAAUGUCCAUGGGUGGGCAUGUGUGCUCCCUUGUUUGAUAUGGGCUUCAAAUUGGCCUGGCUACGAGACAGGUUGCCAUUACAGGGCGAAGAUCUGGUCAAGGCCAUCUCUCUUUCGAACAAUAUACACACUUGGAAAGCACCGGUAGAAGCCCCAGAGGACCUGUUCGAUGUUGAAUCUGGCACUGCGGAUACUUUCAUGAUGAAGAACUUGUUAUCAGCCAAGGCCUGGUGGUAUGCUUGCCUGCUACUUUCACACAAGCUAUUGAAUCCGACGAACGGCCCUUUCGAUCCGGACAUCGUCUCCAUAUCCCGACAGAGUCACAAAGUCUUCCAGCAGAUGGCGCUGUUGCAAGGCGCAUCUGCACUUCUCCUAUGGCCCAUAUUCUUGUUGGGCACAGGCGCCGUUACACCUGCCGAUCAAACAGCGUUCACCAAUGCCAUUGUAUCAUGUGCUCCAAGGGCAGGGCCAGGCACUAUCUUGCGCACGACUCAACUAUUGAAUUGGGCAUGGGCAUCAGAUGACGCGCUCGAAGCAGGGUUCUUGGGCUCUGACAUCAUUCUUCGGACUGAUAUCCUCAGACAAUUCUUCAUGUGAGGUGCUCUCUAUGGACUGAAGUGUAAGGGGAAAUCGGCAUAGCGUCAUACACAUCAGGCGUAAGAUUACUGGAUUUCUGUCAUCUACAUGAUUACAGAAGAAUUGGCACUAGAACACUUC